GACUACGUACACACAGCUGGUUCCUUGGUGAGGAAGUGUGACAAAGAUGGAACUUGGAGUGAUUCGGAACCGAGAUGUGUUCCCAAUUUUUGUAAACCCCCUAAGAUGCCACCAAACAUGGACGACAAAAUUAAAGUCGAAGAUACAUAUGGCGGCAAACAGAAAAUAAAGUACAAAUGCCAGAAGGAUUAUGCUCUCACAUCUGGUUCCUUGGAGAGAACAUGUGAAAUAGGCGGCACUUGGAGUGGCUCGGAACCUAAAUGUGCCCUAAAAGAGUCCAUAAAAUUCUGUACACCUCCCCAAAUGCCACCAAACAUGGACGGCAAACUUAAACUGAAAGAUACAUAUAACGUAAAGCAAAAAAUAAAGUACAAAUGCCGGAAGGAUUAUAUCCUAACAGCUGGUUCCUUGGAGAGAAGCUGUGAAAAAGGCGGCACUUGGAGCGGCUCAGAACCUAAAUGUGUCCUGAGCUUUUGCACCCGCAAUAACGCACCAAGCAACGUUGAGGGAAUUGUUCCAUUUAAGAACCAUUAUUAUCUGAACGAAGCCGUAAAGUACAAGUGCAAGAAAGGUUAUGUGCAUCUCUCCGGCCCCGUGAAGCAGACGUGUCGGUUGGGCGGCAUUUGGAGUGGAUCGUGGCCACACUGUGACCUUUGCCCAGCCCUCAAAAAACCAGCCCAUGGUACUAUGCAAGUGACCGGUAACCAAAGAGGACAGACGGUGAGAUACGCGUGCGACAGUGGGUACAUUAUGACCGCAGGUAACAGGGUCCGUAGAUGCCAGGUGAACAACAACCUGGCACAGCUACGCUGGAAUGGAACAGAACCGACAUGCUCAUUACGUGAAUGCAUCACAAGGUCCCCAUGCCAAAACAACGGGACAUGCAGAGACACUGCAAAGGGAUAUACCUGCACCUGUUCCUCUGGUUUUACGGGAAAGGACUGCGAAACCAACAUAAACGACUGUCAUUCCGCACCUUGUAAAAAUGGUGCUAAGUGCACCGACAGAGUGAAUGGUUUCUCGUGCGACUGCGCGUCUGGGUUCACGGGAGAAACGUGCGAUGUGAACAUCAAUGAGUGCCUUUUCUCACCUUGUAAAAGUGGUGGGACGUGUACGGACGGCAUUAAUGGGUAUACAUGUAUCUGUCCAGUAGGAUUCACCGGGGCCAACUGUGAAACCAAGACAGAUGGCUGUGCCUCUAAACCUUGUCAGAAUGGAGCAAGCUGUACCGACGAUAUCAACAGUUAUACGUGUUCGUGUCUUGCAGGAUUUACCGGUCAAAACUGUGAAACAAACGUGGAUGACUGCGCGUCUAAACCGUGCAAAAAUGGGGCCUCUUGUACAGACCUCAUCGCCAGCUAUGCUUGCUCCUGUCCUGUUGGAUUUACCGGUGACAACUGUGAAACCAACAUCGACGAAUGCGCAUCCAACCCUUGCCUUAACGGUGGAACGUGCAGUGACACCAUAGGCGGCUACUCUUGUGCGUGUCUUAACGGGUACAGCGGAUUAUUCUGUCAAACCCAGAGAGACCAGUGUGCCUCAGAUCCUUGCAGAAAUGGUGGAACAUGCAUAAAUAAGGGACAUGGAUACACGUGCUUGUGCCAGCUGGGAUUUAAAGGUAUGAAUUGUGAGCUUCCUGCGACCACAGUGCCGAGUAUCAACGUGGCAACUACCCCUUCGACAAUGAAACCCAAAGGCUACUGUAUGGCUGAUAAUAAACUCUACAAGGAAGGGGAAACAUGGGACAUCGGUUGCCAGCAAACAUGUCGGUGCAUUUCCUCAGAUAUGAACUUCUACUACUGCGAAGCCAAGUGUAGCACUGAUUGGAAAACGGUGGGGCUUCAGACUGGGUGUAAACUGAUCCCUCCCAAACCCGGAGAGUGCUGCGAAACGCUCAACUGUGACCAGCUUACACCACCACCGUAAAUUGUAGGGCGGCAUGACGUCAGACAUUGAGUUAUCUACAACAGAACGCCCUUAAAAUAGCAGUUAACAUAAAUGGACGAUUCAACGAACAUUGUAUGAAAAUGAAACUUUUUCAAAUAUUUACCAAAACUAUAAUAUUAUAUAUUUUGAAUAUUAUUAGAAUAAUUCGACAGAGUAAUGGGUUAUAGUUUUUUCCUUGUUUUUAAAUUAUUAUAACCAUGUUAAGUGAUUUAAAACAGAAAUCAUAAGUUGUUUAAAACUUAAAUGAAUGUGAAAAAUCACAGCAAGGGGUAAAUGGCUUAUGUGUAAGUUGAGAUUUUUUGUGAAA